ACUGCGCUUGCGCCAGCUCCUGGUCCUGUGGAGCAUGGCGGCGUCUUCGAGUGGUGAGAAGGAAAAGGAACGAUUAGGGGGCGGCUCUGGAGCGGCGGGCGGGAGUAGCACACGAGAGCGGCUGUUGUCUGCGCUUGAGGAUCUCGAGGUCCUGUCGAGGGAACUUAUAGAAAUGCUGGCAAUUUCAAGAAACCAAAAGUUGUUACAGCCUGGAGAGGAAAACCAGGUCUUGGAAUUACUGAUUCACAGAGAUGGGGAAUUUCAAGAGCUGAUGAAACUGGCACUUAAUCAGGGAAAAGUCCAUCAUGAAAUGCAGGUCUUGGAAAAGGAAGUGGAGAAGAGAGACAGUGAUAUUCAGCAACUACAGAAACAGCUGAAGGAAGCAGAGCAGAUACUGGCAACAGCUGUUUAUCAAGCAAAAGAAAAACUCAAGUCAAUAGAAAAAGCACGGAAAGGUGCUAUUUCCUCAGAAGAAAUCAUCAAAUAUGCACAUAGGAUUAGUGCAAGUAAUGCUGUGUGUGCCCCGUUGACCUGGGUUCCAGGGGACCCACGGAGGCCAUACCCAACUGAUUUGGAGAUGAGAAGUGGAUUAUUAGGUCAGAUGAACAAUCCUUCUGCCAACGGUGUGAAUGGUCACUUACCAGGGGACGCACUUGCAGCGGGCAGACUGCCAGAUGUCCUUGCGCCUCAGUAUCCAUGGCAGUCAAAUGAUAUGUCAGUGAACAUGUUGCCUCCAAAUCACAGUAAUGACUUUCUGUUGGAGCCUCCUGGGCAUAAUAAAGAAAAUGAAGAUGAUGUAGAGGUUAUGUCAACGGACUCUUCAAGCAGUAGUAGUGACUCUGAUUAAAAAAGAAAUUGAAGAAACUAUACAGAAUUGAAUCCUGUAGAAUUCUGUUUCUUAAAAAACAGCAGAGAAAUA